CCCUGCGCUCCGGAAGCGGAAGUCGGAUAGUUGAGGGAAUUCCUGAGCAUUUGGUUACCUUGGAGAGCGGUGUUGCGAGCUGCUGUGUGGACGCCCCAGGCCCCUCCGGUGCGUCUCGGGAAAGAUCAUAAAAAUUGUACAGAAUUUCAAGAUGAGUGAUACUUCUGAAGUGAUUCCAAAUUUUGAAGAGAUGUUUGCAAACAGAUUCACACAAGAAGACAAAGAAUACCAGGAAUACUUGAAACGCCCUCCUGAAUCCCCUCCAAUUGUUGAGGAAUGGAACAGCAGAGCUGGUGGUAACCAAAGAAAUAGAGGCAACUGGCUGCAAGACAACAGACAGUUCAGAGGCAGGGAUAACAGACGAGGAUGGCCAAGUGACAAUCGGUCAAAUCAGUGGCAUGGACGGUCAUGGGGUAACAAUUAUCCACAGCAAAGACCAGAGCCCUACUAUCAAGCACAGUACACACAGUAUGGCCACAACCAACGGCCUCCAUAUGGUUACUACUGACGGGUGUCGGCAGCUUUUAACAAAGACCUUUUAUUUUGACAACAUGCUAAAUGCUGUAUGUCCUCAGUUGGUCAUGGCUUUUCAUUCUGUUUUAAAGAAUGGGUUAUUAAUUCUUUAGAACUUGAGACUUGGGAAAAACUCAUCUUGUUAGAAAUGUGAUGGUUGAUGGGAAUAAAUUUACCAAAUGUGGAUUACAUUGCUUUGUCUUACAUAAUUUUGUUUUAUGAUUUAAUAGUGUUUGAAGUUUAGCCUGCUUUCCUUGUUUGGACUAUAGGGCUUCUGUAUCACAGAAAUAAACAUUUUUAAUUAAAA